UGGUUAUCAUAUAAAAAUCAUUAUAUAGCUGAUGAUGAUGAAAUGAAAGAAAUGAUUUUAGUAUUUUAGGUUUUAGAUUUGCGCAUAAACACCAAAAGAUGUCGUGAUACUUUUGUAUAUAUGUAAAUAAUAAAUGAUGAUCUUGAUGAUACCAAUGCAUCGAUGGUGUGUAUUAUGUUGUUGUGUGUUAUGAAAUGGUUAAAUUCUCAAAAUUUAAAAACGAUAAAUAUUCAAGAAAAAAAAACACCAACAAACAUUUUUGUUUUGUUAAUAAUAAUAAUAAUAAUAAUCCAACAAUUAAACAUACAAUCACUAUGACAAGGCAGUGAUUAUGUUUUUCUUUGCUACAUUGUCCUUGUCAAGAAUCGUCGUCGAUACAAACACAAACACACACAUACAUACAUACAUUUUAUAUGUAGCUAAAAUCCGAAUAACAACGCAUAGAACAUUUAACCAAUAACUUCACAUGUUUUUCAAGUAUAUGCAAGUGGAGAUUGUAAUCCACUGUGUAAAAAAUAAAUUUGUUUUCAUAUACAAAACACAGAGUUGUUGCUAAAAUUGUUCCCUCAUCAUCAUCGUACCUGAAUCGUUUUUUUCCUUUUGAUUUAUUUGGAUGUCGCUGAAUUUAGAUAAAUGUUAUCGAUGAUUUCAAUAUUGUCAUCAUUCAUUCGUUCGAUUGUUUUUGGUGGUUAAUAUUCUUUCGUUGUUACUUCUCUCGAUUUAGUUUAUUAUUAUUGUUUUAAUGUUUUAACUAUAUGUGCUGUUUUCAAGUCAAUCCAUCAUCGUUGUGUUAUUUUGUUCAAAACAUAAUCAUUAUUCUUAACAUCAAUGUCGUUAUAAGAUAAUGGCUGAUAAGAAUUCUCAACCACAACCAACAGCUGCAAUGGCAAUCAAUAAUCCGCAGCCACAUAGUCAAUCGGUCAAAAUUGGCCAUUAUAUUCUGGGUGAAACCUUAGGUAUCGGAUCGUUUGGUAAAGUCAAAAUUGCCACACAUCAGAUUACUGAUCAUAAAGUUGCUGUAAAAAUUUUGAAUCGUCAAAAAAUUAAAAAUCUCGAUGUUGUAGGCAAGAUUCGACGUGAAAUUCAAUAUCUUAAAUUGUUUCGACAUCCACAUAUUAUCAAACUUUAUCAGGUGAUCAGUACACCAACAGAUAUAUUCAUGAUAAUGGAAUAUGUAUCCGGAAGAGAAUUAUUCGAUUAUAUAUUAAAACAUGGUAAAUUGAAAGAAUCAGAAGCACGACGUUUUUUUCAGCAAAUCAUUUCUGGCGUUGAUUAUUGUCAUCGUCAUAUGGUCGUACAUCGUGAUCUUAAACCGGAAAAUCUUCUAUUGGAUCAGAAUCUAAAUGUAAAAAUAGCCGAUUUUGGCCUUUCGAAUAUGAUGCGUGAUGGUGAAUUUUUACGUACCAGUUGUGGUUCACCAAAUUAUGCAGCUCCCGAAGUUAUUGCCGGAAAAUUGUAUGCCGGACCCGAAGUUGAUAUAUGGUCUUGUGGUGUUAUCCUUUAUGCACUUUUAUGUGGUACCCUUCCAUUCGAUGAUGAACAUAUGCCAACAUUGUUUCGAAAAAUUAAAUCCGGACAAUUUCUCAUACCAGAUUAUUUGAACAAAUCGGUUGUAACUCUUUUGUGCCAAAUGAUUCAAGUGGAUCCUAUAAAACGGGCCACCAUUGAAGAUAUAAAAGUGCAUGAAUGGUUCAAAAAAGAUUUGGCUGCUUAUCUGUUUCCAAGUCCAACGGCUAAUGAUGCAUCAUUUAUUGAUAUCGAAGCUGUAAAUGAAGUUUGUGAAAAAUUCGGUGUUACCGAACAAGAAGUACAUGAUUCAUUGCUCAGUGGUGAUGCACAUGAUCAAUUGGCCAUUGCAUAUCAUUUGAUCGUCGAUAAUAAGGGUAUCGAAGAUGAAGCAAUCAAAUUAGAUUUAAAAGAUUUAUACGUGUCAUCUAGUCCGCCACCAUAUUUGGAUUCAAGUAGUCCAUUUCCUAAACAACGGCAACGAAUCCUUAGUGGUGGUGGUGUGUCUGGUGCCGGUGUCAAUGUAUCGGCAAUCACAUCCGAUAAUCGACAACGUACGAAUAGUGUUGGUCAACAAGAUCAGAAAAACCAUAAAACAACACCAAUCAAAAAGGCUAAAUGGCAUUUAGGUAUUAGAUCUCAAAGUAAACCAAUCGACAUUAUGAAUGAAGUAUAUCGUGCCAUGAAACUUUUAGAAUUUGAAUGGAAAGUGGUGAAUCAAUUCUAUGUACGAGCACGUCGUAAGAAUCCGGCGAAUGGCAAAUAUUUUAAAAUGGCCCUACAACUUUAUCAGGUUGAUUAUAAAAGUUUCCUGUUGGAUUUCAAAUCCCUACCUGAUGAUGAUGAAGAAGAUAAGGAUUCGGUCAUUACCGGGCCAUCAUCGUUGACCGGUAAUAUGGCAUCGACAACUGAAUUUACCGGUCAUGCACAAUACAAAAACCAUAAUAUAAUGGAAUUUUUUGAAAUGUGUGCAUCGUUGAUUGCUCAACUGGCACGUUGAACGUGUGAAAUAUAUUUUCAUUUUUAUAUUUGUUAACAAAGAUGUGUGUAUGGAAUAUUCUUUGUAACCAAUGAAUUUCUUAACCCCUCGGUGAAUAAAUUUACGUCAAUGUUAUAUUUA